UCGACAUGGAAUGAUCCUGUUGAGGGUUGGAUAGACAACUUCAACGGACCGGUCGGAUUGAUGGUUGGUGUUGGUAAAGGUUUAAUACGUGUAGUUAGGACUGAUCCUUCUGCAAUUCCAGAUAAUGUUCCAGUAGACCUAGUCAUUAAAGUGGUAAUAAUCAUGGCUUGGAGACGUGGUAUUAAAACUGAGAUUAAUACGAUUGAUAUUUACAACUGCACGUCAAAUCAAAUUAAGUACCUGACUAACAAAGGUUCGUUGGACGUAGGCAUGAAGAUCACAGAGGAAAUUCCUCUCGAUAAUAUACUUUGGAAACCACGAACAAUACUGACAACAAGUUCUUUUGUUUAUUAUAUAUUGGUGUUGCUACUGCACGUUAUACCAGCGACAAUCUUGGAUGGAAUGAUGAAAUUGUACGGUGCACGCUCAAUAGUUUUGAGAUUGUACAGAAAAGUAUAUGUAGUGAAUACGUUCGCGUCGCAUUUUUCAUUAAAUAAGUGGACAUUUCAUAAUACAAAAUGGAACACUGCGGUCGAUAAUCUCAGCGCUGAUAAUUGGAAAGACUUCGGUUUUGACUACAAAGAUCUUGACCUACAUGAAUACUAUAGAAAGGCAAUAAAGGGUUGUAAAUUUUACCUACUGGACGAAAACGUAGACGAUCUAACAGCAGCCAAACGUCAUUAUAAAAGGAUGGAGUGGCUUGAUAAAAUAAUCAAGACGUUAUUCGUCGUGUUUAUGUUAUGGAUACUAUAUAAGUAUAUAGCUACAUAUUAAGUAAUUAAACAACUAAUGUGUUAACCAUGUGUUAACCUUCGAGCAAGUUAGUACGUUCAGUAUUACAUUUGCUCGAAGGUUAGCUUAAAAGACGGUUCUUCUUUCACUCCGGUGAGAUCGCUUUUAGUCUUACAUUAACAAAUAGUAAUAGUUGAUUAAUUUCACAACUUUAAUAAUACUUUAAUAGGAAACCAAUGAAAGAAUAACUCUGGAAUCAAACACAGUUAUGUUGAUGAUUCCAUAAUUAUAUGUAGUUUAGAUAUUCAGUCUUAAUUUACAAUAUUUAAUGUACAGGAAGUGAUAUAGAACUUGUCUAAUGAUAAUGAUAUUCUUGAGAGAAUCAGGUUCUCCAUAUUAAUACCUUGAUCUGCAUACAUUGUGAGUCAUUUUGUGUUUCCUUUUUUUCAUAAACAAUUGAAACAACAAUAUAAACCAA